UAAAGGGGAGCUUGUUUGCUAGUAGCGGAUCCCAGCCGGUGAUUAACGGUUGAGCUUGAAUUCUUGCGUUCAGCCGACAGUACUGAGUGGCGGAGAGGGGAGGGGGGACGAAGCUAAUCUGCUUUAGCCUGCCGUAUCGUUGUCUAUCUGGGGUUAGCCAGCCGUGAUGUUAACGCUUUCCGUGCGCUCGGCAGAAGAUCAGACAGUAGAAAUCUUCAGUAACAAUCAUGCACGUGUCUAACCACCAGAGGAUUUGAGAAGAGUUAAGGAGGAAAAGAGAGACUCAGAGGAAUACAAGAACUUGGUCAGCUCACAGAAACAACAAUAACCCUGUGCUUAGAUAUGGCCAGCACCCAGACCAGCCUGAAAACCCCUUUCAAAGACUUGACCUCAUUCAAGGGCAACAUGAAACGGCUGUACAGAGAGCGGCUGGAAGAUGCACCCAUCAAGAAGCGAGUGAUGGCAGAGAUCAACCUGAAGCGCCGCAACUUGGACUCCUUCUCCAAAACUCCCAAGGUGAAGAGAGAGCAGUAUGAGGAUCCACGCCCCAACUGUGACAUGGAUGUGGAAGGCCGGGCUGAACUGCACAUUGUGGGCUCUACUAAAGCCCUGGACCUGAGCCCCGGUCUCAAACACACACUGGCCCAGUUCACCCUCAGCAGCCAGAGCUCCCUCGGGGGCCCAGCUGCCUUCUCGGCACGCACGGGCCACGAGCAUUCUCCUGCCGGUAUGCCUCCCCUCCCCUCCCCUCCAGUUUUGGGAGGGGGCCCUCUGUUGGUUCCUUGCGACAGCUCCACUGAACUCACCCAUUCACUGCUAGAAGGAGAGUCCAUCUCCUGCUUUGUUGUUGGGGGCGAGAAGCGGCUCUGCCUGCCCCAGGUGCUCAACUCCGUGCUCCGUGAUUUCUCGCUGCAGCAGAUCAACACCGUGUGCGACGAGCUCUACGUCUACUGCUCUCGCUGUGACGCCGAGCAGCUGCACAUCCUCAAGGUGCUGGGCAUUCUGCCAUUCAACGCACCUUCCUGUGGCCUCAUUACACUGACCGAUGCACAGCGGCUCUGCAAUGCUCUGCUGCGUCCUGGUGCAGCCUUACCUGCUGACUCCAGCAGUAAGCUGUCAGCCCAGGGCCUCCUGAAGGAGAGUGAAGCCAGCUUUCAGGUGGAGCACCAGUGUCUGGGGAAGUGCCAGGGUCUCUUUGUUCCCCAGUUCUACACCCAGCCCGAGGCGCCCUGCAUCCAGUGUGUGGAGUGCCAGUUGCUUUUUUCGCCGCAGAAGUUUGUAAUGCAUUCGCAUAAGUCACCUGAUAAGAGGACCUGCCACUGGGGCUUUGACUCAGCCAAGUGGCCCUGCUACCUGCAGCUCGCAAGAAAGUACCAAGGAACCCCAGAGGAGCCCAAACUCAAGCAGCUGCUGGAUGAAGUCAAAGAGAAGUUCCACUAUCAGCUCAAGAGGUCGCUAGACAAAAAGGUGGUGGAGGAAGAGGAGACCCAGGUGAGGAAACCCUCAUUAGAUAUCUACCCCACCAGCGACAAGUUGGCUGAUGCUGACCCAGUGAGGAAGGGGAAAGUUGCAUCUCCACCUACUCUUGUGUUCAACCGGCUUUUCUCAGAAAUCAAGGAGGAGCCAGGACACCCCACCCUGGUCCAUCCCAGUUACUACAUGUACACAUACGAUAAGAUGGUGGCUCCCAAUGUUUCACUGCGAAGGGAGGCGGAGAUGAGUCCUGAGAUGCUCGGCGCCCUGCUCAAACACCACUACAGCCGCAGAGUGCUGGGCCAUGACGAGCCGCCAAUGGAUCUUCACGCAUCGCCUGCUGUUGGUGCUGGCGCCGGGGAGGCCAAAUCCCAAUGUGCUGCUGCUGACUCGGCCACCGAGAGGGAAUGCCAUACCCAGGCAGUUUCCAUGGAGACAAGCAGCCCAGGCUACAAGAAAGCUACCCACAUCACCGCCCACACCCCUCCUCCUCCCCGUCCUCCUGCGUCGCUGUUGUCAUUGGUAACGGAUGUAACGGCUAAGGACGUGAGCUCUGCCACGAGCGGCGCGGUGGCGGGGGUGCUGGAGGACGACAAGGACAGGAUUGUUGUGGAGAUCAUGCAGAUGUACAGCAGGCAGCAGGAGAAGCUCAACUCCACCCUGCACAAGCAGCUGCAGCUGGAAAUGGAACUGGAGGCGUUGCGUGGUGGCGAAGCGGCGAGGCUACGAGAGCUGAGCGCCGAGCAACGGGAGCUGCGCAGCGAGCUGGAGGCGGUGCACAGUGAGCAGGCACGGCAGCUCAGCCAGGCCCGCCAGGAGCAGCUGGAGCUGGAGACCCGUCUGGAGCAGCUCCGACAGCAGGCCUGCGCCUGCGAGCCAGGGGCACAGCGCCAGCAAGAGGCCCACUACACUGCACAGUUAUCGGACCUCCGUCAGAGGCUGGAGCGGGCGGAGGCAGACCGACAGGAGCUGCAGGAGGAGCUGCGCAUGGAGCGGGAGGCGCGGGAGAAGCUGGAGCGCACGAUCGCCCAGCUCAAGCAGCAGAUGGCCCAGUCUGGCACGAUGGGAGGCAGCCCCUCUCCUCCUCCUACCCCCUCCACUGGACCCCCUAACGCCCACUCCCCGCCCUGCUCAGAGGCCCCAGCGGCUGGCCAAAAGUAACUGCCGCCCCUCCAGGCGCCUCCCUCCCUCCCCUCAUUCCUUUCCUCGUCACCCGCCAAGUGUACAGACACAAACAAAUCAGCCUGAAGCAGAAGGGAGCUUCACAUCUCCUCAGGCUGCUUUAAGUUGUGCAUUUUGCUCUCCUUUUAUUUAGUGUAGAACUGAUUUUUGUUUUUGUAAUUUAAUCACUUUAAAGAAGUUUUGUUGUUGUUUUUUUUUUUUGUUUUGUAAUGUUUUGUUUUCCCUUCCUUCUCUUUAAACAGUAUUUAAAGGUUUUUGGGCAUGUAUAUUGGAUUUAAUUUAUAGUUUUUACUGAAAAAACAGCUGCUUCACAGACAGGAGACUGGUCCAGUAGAGACCAACUCAAUUCUUCACUAUACCCCCAACCCCCAGUGUCCCUUCACUUCCCUUCCCGCUUACUGGUUUCUGGAGCUAAUGACUGAGAUUUUAGAUACCGAUUCGCUGCUCCUUAUGGACGUCACAUCAUGCUAAUACCUGGCACAGCGGCCAGUGCUCACAGACACAGACACCGCCUGACCAUGCCCCUCCUCUGUCUUUCUGUAUGUAAAGCCCAUACGCUCAAGUACCAGCGACCGCAGGAAACUGCACAGACAUUUUAAUACUUUUUUUUUUGGCUCCUUAUAAAACACAGAAAAGUGUAACAUGCUAAAACAUCAAGUCUUUAUGGGGGAGAAAGACCUUUACUGUACAAAAAAAAAGGACCUCAUUAAAAUAUGCCAGUAGUGAUGCUGAACUUGCAAUGAGUGUUUUUGAGUGUGAUCUCUACAAGGUAGCUAACUAGGAAGUAGUGUGGCCUGGACUACAGCUGCUCCUAGCACAGACUGGCUUCCUAUUCUCUCUGCUGGGCCACCUGGACUCUCUUGAUGUAGACCAAACAGUCUGUUGGCUGAUCUGCCAACUGCCCUGCGUCUCCUCUGACGACCCCACACCUUCCAUCGCUUUACUCUAGCAUCAUUGUCCUCUGCAAGGAAACUCCUUAACACUGUGUAUAUUUUUUUUUUUUACCUGCCCCCCACCCCCCACCAUACUUCAGGCUAGACAGGAAACACUGUGCUCUUUUCAGGCUCGACUGUGAGAAGCUCACAAACAGUGUUGUGCACUCAUUACGCUCUCCUCCCCCAGAACCCUCUGGGAAAGGAAUGCGUCUGGACACGGGGGCCGCACUGAGCUGAAAGAAGAAAGGCAGAGCCUCACGUGUGGUAGCUGUACUGUGUUACUAUAGUUCAUGCAACAUCCUUACGUGCCUGCGCACACUCGAAUGCGUCAGUGCAGUGCAGGCAUUCAGGCAGAACAAUGGCCCCAGAGUUCCCAGCAGAUGAUCAAAGUUGCAGUCUGUCCUUAUUUUUUCGGGCUUCUUUAUUGUUAGUAGACAGUUGUAUCCCCACCCUGUUUGCGUGUGAGAAGUGGGUCGCAGGUGAAGACAGUUAGUCCAGGGUGGUUUGGGGCCUUGGCGUUCUUCUGCCUGGCUGAACAAACAGCGCUGGGCAGACAGGGAGAGGAAGAGCGGGGAGGAUUGAGAGCGAGGGCCCCGAGGACUGAUGCACUCUCCCCCUGUGGCAGGCUGGGUGGCCUGGAGGCCAGCGGUACCAAGAGACCC